CGGUUUUCCUGCCAUGCCUGCACUUUCAACCCAGACUCGAUCUCAGCUCAAAGACCGCAUCCGCGGUUGUCUAUUGGGAUCCGCAGUGGGCGAUGCUUAUGGCCUGGCAACUGAAUUCAUGACCACUGACCAGGCUGCCUGUGUUUAUGGGAAUGGUCCCAUUGCUUUUGGUCGAGAACCAGGAUAUCCUGUUUGGAUAGAUGGUCAUCGGUCCGCCUCUGAUAGCAAUGACUUUACGGACGACACAGACCAAAUGCUUGUUAUCCUUCAAUCUCUGGAACAUACCGCCGAUGGUAGAUUACACCCCAUCCACUUCUCCAAGGCGUUGCGUGAGUGGGUCGAAUACGGUAUUCCUGAGAUUGGGACAGAUCCUGGCCGUGGACUUGGUUACACUGUAGGACAAGUCUUGCGACACCCAACGUUCACCUCCAAUCCUCAUCGUGCUGCUUACGAGGUUUGGGACUCUGCAGGACGCAACUUGGCACCCAAUGGCGCCGUGAUGCGAACAGCUGUUUUAGGCAUUGAAUCCUUUUGGGACGAGCCACGCGUCGUGGAGAACGCUCUAGCAGCUGCAAAGGUCACUCAUGCAGACCCGCGCUCUGUGCUGAGUGCUCUUCUUUCAUCCGUGCUAAUAUCACGCCUUCUUCGAAAUAGUAGUAACGACUCUAAACAUGACAAAUUAACGCCCUGGAAUCCUAAACUCUCGGACCCAACAUAUCGGCAAGGGCUUCUUGCCUAUCUGCAACGUGGAACAGACCUUGGAGGUAGUAAUUCUAUCAAUCCCAUUUAUGAAGAUGAGACGGCAGCAAAUCAAUUUCAACCAAAAGACUACAAUGCGUUAGCCCAAAAUCGACAGAGAAAUGUGAAUGAAAGAGCGUGCGCUACAAGCCGAUCACAAACAAACAAGGAUCGUCCACAAGUUAUUCUUCGCUCAGAUAUUGGUUGGUCGGGUAUUGAUCAUGUGGGUGAAGAUGAAGCCAUGGGCGCAUUGGCUAGGUCUGUGCUGAGAGAUUAUAUAUUUAUGAUCAAAGAGACAAAUGUCGUCCCUGAAAAUGAUGGAGAGAAUAUACAAGAUGUCUGGGCUCAAGAAUUGGAAAGACAUUGUUUUCCAAGAGACAUGGGACAAUUGAAUCUGGGUUGUUCUAGUGCGAUGGGAUAUGCUUUAAAGUGCAUUGGGAUAGCCUACUACGGCGCUACUCGAAGUGAGGAUCCGUCCCCGAGAACAAAAGAGUAUACCGGUCCCUCUGGUCUCUUCCGUGGAAUCAUGGAGCAGGUCACUUUAGAGGCUGGUGAUGCUGAUACUAACGGUGCUGUUUUAGGUUCAUUAUUGGGGACACGUUUUGGGCUUGAAAAAGGUAUUCCAGAGGGUUGGUGGACUGAGCUCCGGCAUCUUAACUGGCUUGAAGAGACAAUUGACAGAUAUGCAGAGCGCGUUCUGGAUAGCUAUGAACGCCAAUAAAUUGAAGU